AUGGGCACCGAUUCGGAGGAUCUGACCGAGAGAAACGACGAGGAGGACGGCAGCCUCCCCCAGAGAAGCAAGAGAAGCAACAAAACCAAAAUGACCCGCAUUGACAAGCGUGGCAGAAAGAGCUACGACUUGUGGCUACGCAACUCGAGGAUGCUUUACGACUAUGUUCUCGUGCAUUCUACCGAGUGGCCGUCGUAUGUUGCGGAAUGGUACUUCGCGGACGAGUUUCCUUCACGGUCUCUGCGCGAGGAGUCCUUUAAGUACGCGAUUCUGUCGACAUAUUCAAGUACGAAAGUGAAUUGCUCUACCAAGGUAGGCGGUAGCUACAACGAGGAGCAGCGAAUGUGGGAAAAAGAUUGCGAUUGUAUUGAUAUUAUUCGCUUCAGCGUGCCUUCACCCAACACGGAAGACUAUCGUCUUUAUGUGGAUGAUCCCUACAGGAAAAUUGGGACCUAUGAGUGGAAGAGAAUCAUUCAUCCGGGAGAGAUUAGUCGCAUUCGAGUCCUUCCGUUUUCGGAUUGGAUUGUUUCGCAUGGCUCGACCAAUCAGCUAAGCGUUUGGGAUUUGAAGAGGCAGGUGAAUCGCAAGGUUAAAAAAACAAAGAAUCGAGCGUCCACUCCGAAUCUUAUUGUAUCCAAGCAACAAUGA